CGCACUUCCGCGUGCAUGGCGCUGCUGCCGCGGGCGCUGAGCGCGAGCGCGGUGCCAAGCCUGCGGCGUGCGGCGCGCGCCGCCCCCGGCCUCCCGCUGCGUGCACGCGCGCCCUUCGGCGCCCGGUGCGCCCUCUCCAGCGGCAUGGCGUGCAGGCCGGAACCGCAGCAGCGCCCGCCUGGCACCGCCGCCUCCUACGACUACCUGGUGAUCGGGGGCGGCUCGGGCGGACUGGCCAGCGCUCGCCGGGCGGCCGAGCUGGGCGCCAGGGCCGCGGUGGUGGAGAGCCACAAGCUGGGCGGCACUUGCGUGAAUGUUGGAUGUGUACCCAAAAAGGUCAUGUGGAACACAGCAGUCCACUCUGAGUUCAUACAUGAUCACGUUGAUUAUGGCUUUCAGAGUUGUGAGAGUAAAUUCAAUUGGCGUGUAAUAAAGGAGAAGCGGGACGCCUACGUGAGCCGCCUGAACACCAUCUAUCAAAACAAUCUCACCAGGUCUAAUAUAGAAAUUAUCCAUGGCUAUGCAACAUUCACAAGUGAUCCCCAGCCCACGGUAGAGGUCAAUGGGAAAAAAUACACUGCUCCUCACAUCCUGAUCGCCACAGGCGGCAUGCCCUCACUUCCUCGGGAGAGCCAGAUCCCUGGUGCACGCCUAGGCAUAACCAGUGAUGGGUUUUUUCAGCUCGAAGAAUUGCCCAGGCGUAGCGUCAUCGUGGGGGCAGGUUACAUUGCUGUGGAGAUAGCUGGGAUCUUCUCUGCCCUGGGCUCUAAGACAGUGCUAAUGAUACGGCAUGAUAAGGUACUUAGAAAUUUUGAUUCACUAAUCAGUUCCAAUUGCACUGAAGAGCUGGAGAACGCUGGUGUGGAGGUCCUGAAGUACUCACAGGUCAAGGAAGUUAAAAAGACUUCUAUAGGCUUAGAACUCAGCGUGGUUACUGCAGUUCCUGGUAGGAAACCCACCUUGACCUCGAUUUCGGAUGUUGACUGCCUGCUCUGGGCCAUUGGACGGGAUCCAAAUUCCAAGGGCCUGAAUUUAGACAAGCUGGGAAUUCAAACUGAUGAGAAAGGUCAUAUCAUAGUAGAUGAAUUCCAGAACACCAGUGUCAAAGGCAUCUACGCAGUUGGGGAUGUGUGUGGAAAAGCUCUUCUGACUCCAGUUGCAAUAGCUGCUGGUCGAAAACUUGCCCAUAGACUUUUCGAAUGCAAAGAAGAUUCCAAAUUUGACUAUGACAACAUCCCCACAGUGGUCUUCAGUCACCCUCCUAUUGGGGCAGUAGGCCUUACAGAAGAUGAGGCCAUUCAUAAAUAUGGAAAAGACAAUGUGAAGAUCUAUUCGACCACCUUCACCCCAAUGUACCAUGCAGUGACCACAAGGAAAACAAAAUGCGUGAUGAAAAUGAUUUGUGCCAACAAAGAGGAAAAGGUGGUUGGGAUCCAUAUGCAGGGAAUUGGAUGUGACGAAAUGCUACAGGGUUUUGCUGUUGCAGUAAAAAUGGGAGCAACAAAGGCCGACUUUGACAACACAGUUGCCAUUCACCCUACCUCUUCAGAAGAACUGGUCACACUUCGUUGAGAGCCUAGAGACUUGUGCAGCUGGCAUUUGGACCAGGACACUUUCUGAAAUGAACCAAACUAUUCUAUUUUAUAUAUUCCUAUUCUACUCUCAUUUUAUAUAUUUCCUCAUUUUAAACAGGAUUUUCCAACAGUGGAAAUUUGUAGUAAAGAAUAGAAUUUAUUUAUGUAAUCAGAAAUGUGUUGUUUUAAUCCAGGAUUGAUUUUCAUUUCAUCAGAUAUCAUGACAGUUAAUGUUUGAAAGUUUUCAACAGCUCUCUACCAGUUGUUUUUUUGUUGUUGUUUUAGCCUCAUCCCAAGUAUAAAACUAUAUGAAGUACAAUGAAGUUAAUGCACUGGAAUGAAUAUAGCUUGCUAGUUUUUUUCGAGGUAGAUAGGGACAGUUCUUCAUAUUUAAAUAACGUAAGUGCAAGAAUAUUUUUUGAAGCCAGUACCGUGUUCUGCAUAUUGCAAAGCUACUUCAAGGAUGUGACCUUUCUCCAGUCCCCUUUUUAUUGUUGUUUGUUGGUUGGUUUGUUUUAAAUGAUUAAAAGUGAGUUUACGUUCUUUUCUUGAGAUGAAGUGCAUAACCUCUGGAAAGAUUUGAGGAGGCUGAUUAAAUAUCUGAGAGACAGUCUAGAAAGUCAUGCUUUCAGAAGCAGGUGGAUUCAAAUACUUCAAAAGUACCUCUCUGUGUUCACAGUUCUGUCAGUAAUUUCACCAUUUGUAUGUGUUCUUGUCAUUUUGUUUUCUUCUGACAGAUGUUCCACAUAUUUGCAAAUCACAGCCUUUUCUUCUUACAGAAUUUGUCAUGAACUUAAUACCAGUUUAUUUUCUAAGAAUGUUUUACAUUGGCAGAUCAAAUGCCAACAUGUGUGGACGGUUCUCUUUAAAAUAAAGAUCAGAGUUAUAAUGAGAAACA